AUGAAGGUGUGGUUCUCGCCAAUUGACCAAUUUCCCAGGAUUAUUCCUUUUCCUUUGGCGAGGAAAUUGACAACUUGUUUUUUUUCCACAGUGUGCUUGUAUAAGCCAUCCAAAUUUAAAGAUAUAAAAAAAAAAUUUUAUUUAAGAAAGCGAUUAUUCAAAAUGUUUAAUAAAACCAAAGAUCUUAAUGACCCACUUAGCAAUAGAGACAGCUCGAUAAGUGUGAAUUUAAAUGGUGAAGAAAAGGAGGAACUUUUUUUAAAUAGAAUAAUAAAAUACCCAACAAAUAAAACCCGUAUUUAUAAAAAUAAUAAAUAUAAUAUAUCUAAACAAGCUUAUGAAGAUAAAUUAAGUAUUGAAAGAAUAAUUUUUAAAAGUUCGACUUUAGGGUAUAUAGAAUUACAAUAUAUUUUAACUACAUUUAUAAAUUAUGAAAAAAAUGAAUUAACUAAUGAAGAUGUUAUUAUUUUAAAUAAUUUUCUCAACUUAUCAGAAAAAGAAAUUCUUGAUUACUUAUGUGCAACUGAAUUGAUGCCAGAUUGUUAUAAGGAUGCAAAAAUUAUAAGAAAAUUGUUAAUGUUUAUAAAUACUAAUCACCCUUCUUUAAAUUGA